CAAAGCAUCUGAAGCCGUCACUUGUCAGCUGUCAGUGCUCGCAACUCGCCCAACACGACGGGCCCACGCGUGGGCUUAGGCUGCCAAUUCAGCUUCCUGCCAUGCGCCAACUACGUCCUCAACCGUCGUCGUCCUUCCUCCCGUAACGCCAUCGCCCAUGCCUCCACGCCGCUGGCUGUGGCCUUGCGCCGAUUCCCACGUCCUCCGAUUGCCCGCCUACCAGAACCCUACCCUCCACGCCUGUCUGGUCCACCCUGACAAUCCCGACGAUAUCCUGGUAUCCGACUCCGACGAUGAUCUGGACGAUGACUUCCACACAGCCAAACGCCAACGCAUUGAAGCCAUUGCCCAUUCCUUCCUCAAUGGCCGCCCCAUUUACAUCCCCUCUGCCACCUUGAAAGGUCCCUUUCCCGCCGACAGAGAUUUGUCUCUCUGCCAUGAGCCUUUCUCAAGCCCGCCUGCCAACUCCGUCUCGCCUCCUCCCAUCGUCACUGCCGACACCUUCAUCCGCCGUAGACCUGCACGCACACGGCUGAAGUCGCCCACUCCCGAGCCCACCUUUACACCCUCCAAGCCUCAGCAGUCCUCGCCGCUCAUCCUAGAGAAGCCUGCCAAUCGUCCUCAAUCUUCUCGCCAACCUCCUCGAUCCUCCAAGAACAAAUCUCUACGCUUCGACCUCCCGUCUUCUGCUGUCUCGGCUCCAAGCACUGUUCUACCGCCAUUGCCCAAGUUUGUUGCUAUCAAUAAAGUUCUUCAAACAAGGGACACGCCAGACAAGCCUCCAAGCUCUACAGCCCCUUCUCACACGACACCUUGGUUCGCCGAUCGCAUUCCCGAUUCAAGUUGUAUAUCCCCUAGCCCUUCGCCUUCAAAAGAUGCACUUCCUGCUCUCUCUUCCAGCAAGCUGGCCAGUGUGUUGAGGCAAAGACCGGCGUCAUCCCUGAACAAGGCCGAGAAGGCUCCUUCUUCGACACACAAACUGCACAAACUAUCAAGCGUGAAAAAGAACAAGAAACCAAUCAAAAGAGUUUACCAAGCUGCCGCAACCUCAGACACCACUUCGCCUUUCAUUUACAGGAGAAAUGCAACGCUGGCCAGGAAGACGGUUGUGCCAGAGAAAGACAAGAGCGUCGAGUGCGAGGAUGUGGUCAAUAACCCGAGUGCAAGCGAAAAGCAGUCCAAAACUCCAGCCUCGCCUGUGAAACGUCAUGCGGUUCUGUUUGAAUCUUCUCUGGUCGUUCCCGAGCCUAAAUUGUCGCACCCUCCGUCAGCAGUAGCCGAGCCCGAACGCUCGCCAGAACGUCCCCAGCAUGACUUUGUACCUGCAAUUAACAUGUCGUUUGGCCAAGAGUCUUUGGGCAUGGACUUCAAUAUCAUCAAUCAUUUCAACGACCGACUGCCUGGGUCCUCGGCGAACAAAGAAAGAACAGACUUGGGCGAAGGCACCCCAGAGAAUCAAGAUCUACCCGUUGUGACUAGUGCUCCGGUUCUUGAUACUGAGAACGAAACACUGAGCAAUGAUAAAGUAGCACCGGAAGAGGUUGAGGCUCAGGAGGCACUUCUAGAGAGAACUAUUCAGGAACAACUCACCCAGGAACAGCUUACUCAAGAGCAUCUCACUGCGAACGAGAUGGAUGUGCCAUCAAACGAAGGGAAUGAAGCUUUGGUUCCUGAAGGAGGAAAUGCACCCCCGCAAGUUACCAAUAGGCUAGCCGGUGAGCUAAUGGACGAUACUGUCCUCGAAGAUGUAGAGGAAGCUGAAGACGGGCCUAUGGAUGACAUGCCAUACAUCAGUACUCAGGCAGCCAUACAGGAUGCUCAUCGCGCACUGUUUGAUGCGUCUUCUCCCUUGCAACUCCAAGAAGAACCCUCUGAGCUGCCAUUCGAGACUCCAGCCAAGCAAGUCACCAGUCGUGCGUCAAGUCCCGUACACACCAUCACACCGUUCCAUCAGUUCAAUGCGGAGUUGACAACCGACACACAAGCACCAUUGCCUAAUACGCAGGCCUUGUUCGACGGGUUCUACUCUCCAAUCAAACUGAGUGCCAAAAAGCCAAGAAGCACGAAGAGGGCUAGUUUUGCUCCUUCAGUCAUUCUUGAAGACGCAGAUGAUACUGUUGCGAGUCUCGCGAACGAUGCUUCUGUGCACGAAAACAACGAAGACCAUGUUGAGUCUGAUCUCGACGACUUCUCUGUAGCUGACGACCAGUCUCCUUUGCUUCGCAACUCGAUUAGUCCGGCGCUUCCUCAAGGUCGGACAAGUACUUCUUCAGUCCAAAACCCCUCAGGUUACUCCCCUCCUCGAAGUUUGUCAGACCGUAGCGACUCUCCGGACUUCAUAUUGUCUCAGAGAACCACGACAUCAAGAAGAGGCUCCAGUGGUCCCGUAUUACCUGUCUUGCAACAAGAGUCAAUAAGCCUCUCAGAAAUGUUCGAUUUUGUAAGCAGUCGACGGGGUGUGGAUGUCGAUACUCUUUUGUCACAGAACACUCCGACGUCAUCAUCCAAGGUUGGGAACAAGAAUGGACAGAGAUCUGCUCGCUCAUCCCAGGCAAGACCUCGCUCAUCACUGCCCAAGUCUCUAUCAUCUCAGUUGAAGCGGCCGCAUUCAUCACUGUCUAAACCGCUCUCUGAGCAGAGUUCUGGCAAACGUCGUUCUUUGCGCCUCUCUUUGUCACAACCGAACCCUCAGACGGAAGAUGAUCUUGACACUGAUAUCGACAUUGAUGGUCCUCCGGCCACCCAACCUCAUCUCAACGACGUGGGCCUCGGCAGAUCUUUUGCCUCUGUAUCAUCUACCGUCCCCGAUGGCUCUUCUACGAUACCUGAUCCCAGUCUUGCGCUUAACCACCUGCAGCAGAACGCAACACCGGCGUCGGGAAAGCCUGCUUGUACACCUGGCAGUGCACCACAAAGCACAGAUAUAAUGUCUAGCUACCAGAAUGCCCAGAAGCAGUACAGCAGCCUGACAGAUCUUGACAGCACGAUGCCGGACUUGCCGCAGACGUUCUUGCCACCAGUCCGUUGAUACUCGCAAUGAGAUUCUGAAAAGCCGCGUGGUCAUUGAUCUGAAUGUGAUAAGUUUGAUUGGCACAAUGGUGCUUGGGUGGGCAUACUUUGGCGUUUUUUAAUGAGGCAUGAUAGCAUAAAGAUACCCUCUCUGUUUUUAUUUUCGGAAAUUUGAUAUAUUGUUUGAUCGU